UUGACCGUAACUCGAGGGCUGUAAGGUUCUUUUUCGUGCUGCAUUUCUGUGCCUGACUAUUCCAGUGCAAUCAUCCCCACGAUGACGAUGUCUCCUGUACGAAAGUAUGUUGUCCCGCUUUCUCUAUUGUUUGCUUUCAUGCGGCAUUUGGUGACGGGUGCUUACGUCCAACAAGGGCAGCAAGCGGAAGACGCGGUUCCAUCCUGGGACGAUCUCGAUCAACGUCCGCUUCCCGUGUGGUACGAUCAAGCUAAAUUUGGAGUCUUCAUCCACUGGGGAGUCUUUUCGGUCCCAGCAUAUGGUUCCGAAUGGUUCGGUUCGUAUUGGCGGGACAAAUGGGGCAAUCCGGCCUACCAGGACUUUGUUGAGAAAACGGAGCGGGCCAAUUUUGCGUACCCUGAUUACGCCCACCGCUUUACGGCCGAGUUCUACCAGCCCGAUACCUGGGCUGAUCUGUUCGCCAAGGCGGGAGCUCAGUAUGUCGUAUUGACGAGUAAGCACCACGAAGGCUACUGCAACUGGAACUCGACUGCUAUACCAACGACUUGGAAUUGGAACGCUCUGGAUAUCGGACCUCGCCGUGAUUUGCUAGGGGAUCUCGCCGUGGCCGUCAAGAACGUUACUUCUCCACACACAUCCAAAGUGCUGAAAUUUGGGCUCUAUCACAGUCUUUACGAGUGGUUCAAUCCAUUGUACCAUGUGGACAAGGCGAACAAUUUCACAACUCAGCACUUUGUCGAUCUAAAAACGGGAGCCGAACUCUACGAUUUGGUCAACCGCUACGAGCCGGAAUUGAUCUGGAGCGACGGUGAGUGGGAGGCGCCUUCGUCGUACUGGAAAGCUCGUGAAUUCUUGCAUUGGUACGCCACGUCGAGUCCGGUCGCCGACACGGCAAUCUGGAACGAUCGCUGGGGACAAGAUACGUUAUGCCGGCACGGAGGCUUCUUGACCUGCACAGAUCGCUACAACCCCGAUUCGUUACAACCGAAAAAGUGGGAGAACGCCCUGACGAUAGAUAAGUCUUCGUGGGGCUACAACCGCAACGCUACGUGGGAAGACUACAUGACGGUACCAGAACUAGUACACUCCUUAGUGCAAGUUGUGGCGUACAAUGGCAACAUGUUGUUGAAUAUUGGACCGGCCGCGGACGGCACAAUUCAUCCGAUUUUCGAGGACAGACUUUUAGGUAUUGGUGCGUGGCUAAAGGUGAAUGGGGAGGCUAUUUACGAAACGACACCGUGGAGACACUGUCAAAAUGAAACGGCAUCUUCUGUAUUCUACACUCGCCGCCCGGAUCGUUUGUAUGUGCACUUUACUAAGUGGCCGUCGGCUAGUCUGUUGUCAUUGGAACGUCCCGCACCGACGCAGGACACAACAGUAGAGUUCCUCGGGCUAUCAUCGGCGUCAUCUUCGUGGCAGCCAACGUUACCGUGGACGGGCUUGCGAGGAACCAGUGGGAGCUCGGGCAUGACAAUUCAACUACCGUCAUUGACGCCUGACAUUUUACCGUGCGAACAUUCGUGGGUACUGGUCAUUCGAAACUUGGCGAACUUGGAUGACCCGCCAAAGUCUGCGGUGUCGUAG